ACCUUGCCUUAGAAAUCCCCACUGCUCCAACUGCGGCACAAUUAUUGGACGAUGAUUUUUCCAAGGCUGGGAAGGCGAAGUCUACCUCACGAGUUUCCUCGUUGUCCCAGCGACGCAGUUUCGAUGCCACCUCGCGGCCUCUUUCCCGCGAUUAUGCUUGCUGCCGGCCAUCUCGCCAGUCCCCCACCACGACGACCGUCGUCGCACGACGACGACGUCUUCCCAGUCCGUUUCGCCUUGCGCGACGUCGCAGCGAGGCGCGUCCCUCUAGCUCCGAGCUCGAGUCGAUACCAUCCUCAGCGUUCACCGCUGGAGCUUCUCUGGAGUAUAAAAGGAGGCAUACGAUAGCCAUGAUUUAUCGCUCACUCUCACAGCAUUCGAGGCCACUGCCAUCUCAUUUCCACCUUCAGAGCAAUCUGAGUUUUCGCAAUCUGAGCAUCUUUCAGUGGCUUCAGUUCAGCGCGAUUCUGAUCCGCCCUGAUUACAUAGGCAUUCCCGGAUAGCGAGCUCACCUGCCGUUUUCCGGCUCCGAAUUUCCCCAUUCUCUGCUGCCUCUCUAACAUCAUGGCGGCCGUCAGCCUGUUGAGGCGUCUCUGCGCUGCAUUGGCAUUCGCAAUGAUCGCUGCUUCCUUCACUCUGCCAGCACUUGCUGACGUCACAUCCACUGGAGUCACAUCUGCUGCUGUCACGUCCGCUGCUAGCCGUGUGGCAAAGCGCGCCAAUGAGGCUCGCAGGCUGCUGUCUGGCGCCAAGGCACGGCAGCUGGGAGAGACAGCUUCAGUUGCUGCUGGUAACUGGACCGGGGCUGACACCACCAGUGCUAGUGGCUGCACCAGCAGCAGUGGUGACACCAGCAGCAGUGGUGACACCAGCGGCGGUGACAACACCAACGGUGGCGACGACACCAGCAGUGGCGGCGACACCAGCAGUGGCGGCGACACCAGCAGUGGCGGCGACACCAGCAGUGGCGGCGACACCAGCAGUGGCGGCGACACCAGCAGUGGCGGCGACACCAGCAGUGGCGGCGACACCAGCAGUGGCGGCGACACCAGCAGUGGCGGCGACACCAGCAGUGGCGGCGACACCAGCAGUGGCGGCGACACCAGCAGUGGCGGCGACACCAGCAGUGGCGGCGACACCAGCAAUGAUUGCGCCCACAGUCCAGUGGCAAUGGAUUGUGGUAGCAUUGAUGGCAACAGCGGCGAUGGUGGCAGCAACGGUGGUGAUGGCGGCAGCAACGGUAGCAGCGGUGCGGACGUGGCAGCGAUUCUGGAGGAGCACAACAAGGCCCGGCAGGAAGUGGGCGUGCCGGACCUCGCAUGGGACGAGGGAGUGGCACUCGCAGCGCAGCAGUGGGCAGCUGAGCUCGCUUCCAGUGGAUGCAACCUGGAGCACGGAGGGGCUGACGGACUCGGGCAGAACCUGUACUGGAAGGCGCCUGUGCAGCUGAACAGUGCUGAGGACCGGGCGGCAGUGCAGUCGUGGGUGGCAGAGAAGGAGGACUGGACGUACAGUGCCGUGCCGGAGGGGUGUGCGGAUGGCAAGCAGUGCGGGCACUACACGCAGGUGGUGUGGCGGGAUACCACGCAUGUUGGGUGCGCUGCUGCCCAGUGCGCGGAUGGGGGGGGCAUUUGGGUGUGUGACUAUUGGCCGCAGGGGAACAUGAUUGGGUCCACUCCCUACUAGGCAUUUCAUGCGAUGAGGGGAGGAUGGAGAGCUGCUCUCACUAGCCUUGUGAGAGGUGCAUGGAAGAGGGUGAUGCAUGGCGAUAAAUAAUAAAGGGGCGUGGAAGUGAGACUGUCCCUACCUGCUGUCGCACCUGUUGCUUUGUUAUGUUUCUGGGUUUGAUGAGUCUAGUAGACGUGUUUUUUGUUGGUAACUUCAUGAGCUAGCGAUAUGUUUCUCCGUACCAACAAUCCGUUGCU